ACAAUACUGGCAAUUUCCUUCCACGCUUAAAAUAUAUAGACGGGGGCGGAAUUCAAGAGUGAAAGUAGAGGGACUUCCAACGAUAGAUAAGUAGUAUCUCCGGUGUAAGUUACCAAGUCAAGUUUUAAGUGCGGUGGUGAUAGAAAAAGUGAGAACAUGGAUAAAGCUUUAAAAAAUAGCAAUCGUACCGGAGGAGUCGUCGACCAGCCGUCGUUUUUCGCCGUUUUUCGCGUCUUUUUUUGUUAGGAGUUCUGGAUCCAGAUUGGCUUUGUCUUCAGAAGAAGGAGUCCUAUACCGUAUACAUUUCUUGAAGGAGUUAAGAGAAGAUGGAUUAUAUCGAACUAAAUUACAAGGGCCCCGCUGGGGGCCUUCGUCGUGCAGUCUUGGGCAAUGAUGGCAGGGGUCGAGGAGGAGGAUCAUUUAGAGGUGGUGACAAUGGCCGUGGUCGCGGAUUUGGAAGGAACCGAAACGGUGUCCACUCCAGAGGACGUGGUGGUGGUGGUUUUGGAAAUGGACGUGGUAGUGGUGGUUUUGGACGUGGACGUGCGUCCUAUACAAAGAAGCAAAAGUGCCGGAAAUGCAAGGAGAGAGGGCAUUAUGGAGAUGUCUGUCCAUAUACGGUUGAAGAAGCUGCCUCUAAAAUUGCAGCGGCAUUACAGAAACACGCAGACGCGGCUAACAACGCCUUACAGAAGAAUGCAGCUGCUUCUGCUGCUUCAGCUGAAUCAUCAUCAUCUGUUCCAGUAGCCCAUAAGCCACCAUUUGCGGGCUGGAAACCAGGUUUCGUCAUGCCGCCACCACCUACUAAUGCUGCUAUGGAUCAGAACUAACGUAAUUGUUUCUUUGGUCCCAUUAAUUGGUCUGGUCACUUGUAGGAAGAUAGCACCAAAAUUUAUGUAAUCUAUUGUUGUACAACUUUGUACUUUCUCUCUUAUUAUUUGUAAAAAAAGUAGAUAUACAUAAUUACACUUUAUAAAU